CCGGCUGGGCCGCAGGGGUUGGACUUUGGGUUUGAGGAAGCCCGCCGGCCCGCCCGGCGUCGGGGAGCGGCAGAGAGAGAGGGGGGAAACUCGUCGGGCUGCAGGACACCGACGCUGCCUCCUCCGCGACGGCUCCCCUCGCGGUCCCGAUUCACCGCCGCCACCGGCGCGCUCUCACCUCCGCGGAGCUGCUUUUCGUGUCAUAUUUCAGGAUCGAACAAUGUGAUCGGAGGCAGCUGCACUCCAACGGUCCAGGACCUCACCUCCCUUCAUUAGAAUGUACUUGAUGAAUGUACCUCCUGUGGCAACUACGCAAACCAAAUGGAGAACAUGUGGCCCACCUGGAGGCUAUAGCCUUCCAAUCUGCUUCAAUGACUCUGACACCGAGUUGUCCACCAGAGGCACACCUAUCUCAGAUAAGGUCCAAAUGAUCAUAGAGAGCCUUAGGAGCACCCAGUCCUCACUCGAGAUGGGCGACGAGAUGGAGGAAAAUGUGCCACCAGGGCGUGAAGGUCAUCCCCAAGUCUGCAAGGUCGCGGGGGCUUCUUACGUGGGCCCCAAUUCCAAAACCAAAGGUUCCACAGAAAACCAAGUCUCAGAUUUUACUGCCCCUAUCGACCACGCCAGCAGCGACUCUGACAGCGAUGAUUCCGUGGACAGAGGUAUUGAGGAGGCCAUAUUGGAAUACCUGAAGGAAAAGGAUGGUCACAAACGCAAGGCGGAACCAUGCUUGGCCUAUCUCCAAUCAUCUAAAAUGUCCAGGAAAAGCCCAUCCGCUGUUGAGGACUCCAAGCAGUUCUCGGACAGCGAUGCGUUUUUGGUUGCCAGUAGCCAGCUUCCGAAAAGUAUUGGAGCUGAUACUUCACCAGCAUCAGCUGUUGUACCUAUGAAGAAGUAUAUCAAAAACAGGGCCGUCCUAAAUGAAAACGCACUUGAGAAAUUGGAUUCGAGUACAAGCACGACUAACAAACGUUUAGCCUCGGCCAAGGAGGCAACGAGUCACCUCUCUCAAACAUUCGGCCUCUUCUGCAAAGCAAAGUGCCCAGUCACGGCAGACGAAGAGUCAAAUGAUUCCAGUAGUGAUGACGGCAUCGAGGAAGCCAUUCAGAGGUACCAGCUGGAGAAAAAAGCGCAGCAGCACAUAACGGAAACCUUCGAUCCCCGCGCGUUCCAAGAGGACUCCGACUCCACCAGCGACGACGGGAUCGAGGAGGCCAUUCGCUCCUACCAGCUCGAGCAACUCACGGAGAAGAGUGUCCUGAAGCCGUUCGUACACAAGCCACAGCCAUUUGCUACGUCGUUGAUACGUGCUGUUGCAAGCACGCGCACGGAAAGCAUCAAGAAACACAAACUGAGAAAGAAAAAGACCAGAGCAGAGAGGGAAGCCAGAUCGGUUCAACCUCCACCGGUUUUUAUACCCAAGAGCACCAUUUCAGAAGGGAACAGAUUGCUUUUGUUUAAAGGGGACGGCUUCGAGGAGCACUCGCCCCUCGCCCCUCCGAAGGCUACCACAACUGCGGAGCUCCUGUGUGCCGAGGCGAUACUGGACAUUUCAAAAACGGUCAUGCCCGAGGUCUUCCACCAUAGCGUCGGCCUGAGCAGUUGCACCCCUACCGAAUCCUCCUUGCAAUCUUCACCCCCGGAACACUGCCCGGAUGAAGAAAGUGAUGCCACUUCCAUUGAUAGCGAAGAUGGGAUAGAGCUAGAAAUCAGGAAAUUCCUCGAGCAGAAGGCCCAGAUGCACAAACAGCUGCCCAGAGCUGCGCCUCAAGAGCCUCGGCCUGUACGUCAACCGGAGAGAGCGAAAGCCGCGGUCCAAAAGAGACCUUCAAGACGAAAACACAAAGAGGAAAACUGCAGUGUUUCCAUCACGUCAGGGAUGGGGAACAGUGUCAGAGAAGCGUCCCCCAAACCGUCACCCGAGCACAGACAGGAAUUCAUCCCACUGUUGUUCACCCAGGGCAGUCAAACCCACUCAGCAGCUCGACGGUUCAAGGCGGAGCAAGGCGGUGGGGACAAAAGCAGCUCACUUGACAGCGAUGAGGACUUGGACACCGCCAUCAAAGACCUGCUCAAAACAAAAAAGAAGUCAAAGAAAAAAACAAGAGACCUGAAGCGAAAAUCAAGGAUGGGUCCCAAGGGCGAAGAGCCACAGGUGGGAAAUCCUUCCAAAAAGUUAAAAGCGACGCCCAUUUCCAAUCGCAAAAAAUUAGAAAAGAGUAAGAUUGACAUGAAAGACAAGACCGUGUUGAGUAAAAAGCGCAUUUUACAACAUCAAGGCCCCAAUCAGAGUAAAGAGCUUGAUGAACUACAUGAAAGGGAACCUGCAGUGGGGGGUCGAGACGCCCCGUCGCCACACAACACUCCGGCUCUUGAGACGAAGCAAGACAGCAGCAGCUCAGAAGACAGCGACGAUAGCAUCGAGGAAGAGAUCCAAAGGUUCCUCGCCGAAAAGGCCAAAGGCUCCACCGCGGAGAAAGGUAGAGACGCGUCGAGGAACGGAACCGCCCCGGUUCCUACAGCACUUCUGGAUGAAGACAUCAAGCAGGAAAAUCAGCAGGCUGAGAUUCCUCCCUCAGGACAAUCUCCCGCGAGGAGCCGUCUUCUCCCGACUGCGCUCGGCUCUCCGCCGGAGGUCGCCGCCUCCUCCCAGACCUGCAGCCCCAGUCUCUUGGAACCGGCGGGCUGGGUCGCUCGGCGCGAGCAGUGGAGGCCGAGCUCCGGGCGAGGGGACGGCCAGGGCGCCGCCCCCGAGGUCGAGAGGGUCCGGCCGUGCGCGAGUCCCAACGUGGCGGAGGCGAUCAAGUGGCGCCACAGCCUCGGGCUCCCGGGGCUCCCCCCCGCCGCCGCCGCUGACGCCAGGACUGCCAGUCGAACGCCGUUCCAUAUCACUUCCGCAAAACUCCGCGAGACUGCUCCAGCGGCGCAACACAGCGGGGGGCUCAGAUCACAGGCACCGGUGAGCGCUUGGACCGCCGCGAAGACCAGCAGGGCGCCUUUCCCCUGCUCUGCAGGGACCAACGUACAUGCCAAGAUCAGGGCCCCUGUCUUGGAUCGACUGUCCAGUGCCAGGCAGCAUCCGAGGACGCCCUUUGCAAGUGGCGUCGCGCCGGGCCACGGUUUACAGCGCCCCGUGGAAGGGGAGAGGGAGAGCAUGGUGCACAUGUCUAAGGACGAGAGUGUGUUUGUCGAACUGGAGUCCAACAGGACCAACCACGUCCAGGUUCGAGGCAGGGAGAGGGUCGAGGGAAAGGAGAGGCCGAGCGCGCCGAGUGAGAUAAAGAGAGAAAAAGAGGAGAGCGUGGAGAUAGACGUUACACCGGCGCACCUAGAGAGAACAGACGAGUUCGUAGAUGAGGCAGAAUGCGAGUCAGGCAGCAGGAGCGGUCACGAGAAGAAGCAGGGCUUUCCCACGUUGUCCUUGUCCAGUGCUAUUGACCCGGGCUUCACCUUCAGACCUUGCAUAGCUCUUACCACAGAGGAGAGAAGCAGGAUGUACAGCAGGAGUUACCAGGCUGAGAGAUACAAGAAGGUGGUUCCUUCUCCGGUGAAGAGCAAGGCUUUGCAACACGUCAAAAGAAGGCUUCAGUUCAUCCCAGUGAGCAGGAAAAAUGAAGCUGGUGCACCACCCUGCACCAUAACCAAAUAAAACGUAAUUCUGAAUUUGAAAUAGGUAUGCAGAUGAUGUUGGAUAUUCCAGUGUUUAGGUUGUUGGCUAUUUUAAUGUAUUUUAAGUUUUCACUUCAUCAAAGAGCAGAUGUUUGUUUAUGUUGGCUUAGCGCUUAGAUUUGAUGUUGCCUAUUUUUGUUCUACUUUAAUUCUUUCAUUUUUAAAUGGCUCUUUUGAGCUGCAUUUUGUAAUGUUGCAGGUUCGAUAUUAAAGUGUUUGUUUAACAUAUCUUAAAUUAAAGUUUGCUUGUUAAUAUAGCAAAUAAAGGGCUUUUAUUAGUUGCAACAAAAAUAUUCAGAUUUCACGUGUUUAUGUUGCUACUGAGUGAACGGGUAUUUGUCAGCUGCUAUUUUAGAAAUAUCAUUGGUGUGUUAUGAACCACAUGGAUACCAAUAAUUAUUUACUCCAGCUUUUCUUUUCGGCGGAAUGUUGUUGUGUGUGUAUGUUCUUUCAAUCUUUUUAUACACUACGCAUGUCACGAAAACG